UCAAACUUUCAACUUUAACGGCCAUUGCCUUAUAAUAUUCUCCUCGUGCUCGCUCUGAAGGUGGAGCAUUGAUCUAUUUGGCUUAUUAUCGUUUUAUACAUAUUUACAAAAUCAAUUUUUUCAAAGUUCAAAGUCCGACUGGACGUUAUGUAAGUCUAUGCUACCAAUGAGAUUAAAACCAGCUGUAAACAUGAGCAAAAUACUGUACCAUAGCGUUCGAGAAUGACAUUAAAGUUCGGUUGCGUGUAAACGUUCAUAACACGACGUGAUUGGCUGACCUAUAUUUUGGCUCUCUCUUUGCUGUCUGUGAUUGGUUAAUAGAGUUUUGUUUUGCACUGCGUGACGUACGUGAGACUUCCUUCGAUAGCGCCGUCGGACUGUAAACAAAGCGACUGUAUUCCGUCGAGUUGACAGCGACGUUAGUUCACCGCGAACAAUAUCUAACAGCGCCCUGACCUGCACACAAGACGGGAGUUUAUCUUUAAAUGUUAAAGAAGGAGCUCUUCUAACGUUAAACUGCUGAGCUAUUCGACCGAAAAGACGCGGACCAGGAGACGAACGGACGGACGACCGACUGCACCGGUGGCGGACUGCAGCACGCACACGCUUGUUUAUUUGUGAGCUGCGCAUUCGUCCAUGCUUGCUUUGUAGAAAAGCGGGCGAGCUGUUCACGGAUCCGCCGCGUUUCUGAUGCAUCUGAGUUGACCAAACCGUUCGCUGUCUAAUCGGUUCGGCUGUUGAUUCUUCAGAAGCACUCACGAAUCGUCAUGGUGAAGCAGACGAGGGCGAAGACAUUCCAGGCGUACCUGGACUCCUGUCAUCGCCGCUACAGCUGCGUCCACUGCCGUGCCCACCUGGCCAAUCACGACGACCUCAUCUCUAAGUCCUUCCAGGGCAGUCAGGGUCGGGCCUACCUCUUCAACUCUGUGGUGAACGUGGGCUGUGGUCCUCCUGAGGAGAGGCUGCUGCUGACUGGACUUCAUGCUGUGGCCGACAUCUACUGUGAGAACUGCCACACCACCCUGGGCUGGAAAUAUGAGCAGGCGUUUGAGCUGAGUCAGAAGUAUAAGGAGGGGAAGUUCAUCAUUGAGCUCUCCCACAUGAUCAAAGACAAUGGGUGGGACUGAGAGAGAGUGUGUGUGUGUGUGUGUGUGUGUGUGUGUGUGUGUGUGUGUGUGUGUGUGGUGUGUGUGUGUGUGUCUGUGUGUGUCUGUGUGUGUGUGUGUGUGUGUGUGUAGCUGUCCCACAUGAUCAAGGACAACGGGUGGGACUGAGAGAGAGAGAGUGUGUAGGUGUGUAGGUGUGUAGGUGUGUGUGUGUGUGUGUGUGUGUGUAGCUGUCCCACAUGAUCAAGGACAACGGGUGGGACUGAGAGAGUGUGUGUGUGUGUGUGUGUGUGUGUGUGUGUGUGUGAGACUGUGUGUGUGUGUAGGUGUGUGUGUGUGUGUGUGUGUGCGUGCGUGUGUGUGUGCGUGUGUGCGUGUAGGUGUCCCACAUGAUCAAGGACAAUGGGUGGGACUGAGAGAGUGAGUGUGUGUGUGUGUGUGUGUGUGUGUGUGUGUGUGUGUGUGUGUGUGUGUGUGUGGCAACCCAUAGUGUUAUUGUGAGAAUGUCAUGCCUCCUCGUGAAUGAGAUCCAUAUGGUCUCCGUCACACACAAAACAAACAUACCAACACAUAGCCUUUUGAGUGUGUGUGUGUGUGUGUGUGUGUGUGUGUGUGUUUGAGGUGUGCAUUUGAGGUUUAUUUUAGAGAAACCGAUUUUGAAUGUUUGUGUUUGUAAAUACUGACAGCUGUAUGAUUUGAUUGUGUGCGUGUGCGCGUGUGCGUGUGUGCGUGUGUGUGUGUGUGUGCGUG